AUGGAUCCAAAAGAUCGUGUGCAUCUUCGAACUGUUGACUUCUUUAUUCUUAUUCAUACUAAAGCUGCAACACCCACAUGGACUGGUACUUUCAAUGUUGAUCGAACAUGUGAUCGUAAUAAAUGUUGCUGUUUUGAUGGUCAAAUUGUAAUAACAAGCAGAAGUCCAAGUACAUUGACGUUAACUGCUGGUGUAACAGGUGCAGCUGCUUAUUGUGGAAUAAGUCACACGUUAACUAUUCCCAAACCAACAACAUUUGGUACCACGAUUACGUCGGACGGUGAUAAAAUUCAUCUUCAAUUAAGCAAGGAUAGUACAAGCCUAUCAAUUGAUUAUGAACAGGAGGAUUUUAUGAGAUGUGCCGGAAAUGCUGUCAGAACACAAGGAUAG